UACGCGUAUCAGCGUUAGGCCUAUUGUUGUUGUGAGUGAUUCUUCUACGAGUUUCUUUAGACGAGAACCUUGUUGGACAUUGUUACUGUUGAUUAGCCGAGUUGAAAGAGAAAGACUACUCUGUUCAAUAGCAAGUGAACAUUACUUCUGAAGCACAAUGAGCAGAGAAGGCUACCGCUCUCAUAUUUCAAGUUCGCCAGAUCAUAUGAACAGUUUGGUGCAACGCAUGACAGAUGGACUAGGAAGCAAUAAGUACAAACCUGUAGACUAUGGUCGCUUACGUGCUGCUAUCUCUGAGAAAAGGUAUGGAUCCAUUAAGACAUCCAUGAAAGUUGCUAAGAUAGAAAAGAUGAGCCAGCAGCACAGGGAGAAUACUAUCCUCAAGCAGCAUCAGCUAAUAUGGCAGAAAGAAUUCCUUCGGUUACAGCAUAUUCGCAAAAAAGCUCAAGUUGAUGUUGAUGAACACACAAGAAACAACCGAACAUCGGAAAUUUGUGGGCAGAUUUACAAUGACUUCGACUAUUGUGAUGCUGGGCUCUCUGCUGAGUUCAAUGCUUUCAAAAAAGCCACUGCUGAUCCUGUUUGGAAUUUAAGAGAUGACCUCAGAUACUGGCUCACGGAGAAACGAGAAGAUGUGAAGCUUGGAUCUCCAGAUGUCAUAGAGGAGCAUGCAGAAGUGCGAGAGAUGGUAAAAAAUGUGAAAAGUCAACAGGAAGAAAUCAUGAACAAAUUAAAUCAAGAACAGAAACGCCUUGAAGCAGAACUCCAGUCAGAUAUUCUAUUAGAGCUGUGUCCCCCUGUACUGCAUAAACGUCCAGCAGUUCAAAUGGGAAUCCCUCAAGAAGCUCUGCAGAGUGAGUGCCCAGACCAGAAGCUGAAGACUGAUGUAUUGCAUGAAUUUUCAAUUAUAGAUGAAAAAUAUGAAAAUCAGAUUGAUGAACUUGGGGAGAGACAUGCUCUCGCUUUGAGUCUUGAUGAAUGUGGAGGAUGGGAUGCAGAUGAACAUUUCCAGUUUGUAGCCAUUCAUGACCAGUAUCCCAGAGAGCUCCCCAAUCGCAGGACAUUGCUUUUUGACAGAUUGAAGAGACAUCUUCCUAGAAAAUCCCACACACAGCUGUCUGACCAUGAAGAUUGGUGGCUUGACUACAAGUAUUACUAUGAGAGACUGAAAGGAAUCCACACAGACUGGAACCGCGACAAACGGGAGCUAGUUGGCAAGGCUCAGAUGGUGUUUGCUGAGGCUGCCGCAGCCCAGGAGCUGGAGGAAGUGCGACAGGAGUAUUACAGUAGGCACAAACAGCUCUGUGAAGUUCUCUAUGAAAAGGUCAAAGAAUGGAGAGAGAAAAAAAUGGAAGCCAUGCAACUCCAGGCUCAAAUAGAUGAAGAGAGAAGAAGACAAGCUGAAGAAAAGUUUGAAAGAGAGCAAGAAGUGGAGAAGAAGAGGAGAUCAAAGGAAAAGGAACAGCUUAAAAAGUUCAAUGACGUUAAAGAAACACAAAGACAAGAGGCUCAAGCUGCAGCUGAACAGAGGCUCAAAGAGUUGAUGGAUCAAAUGGCAGAGCAAGCUGUGCAUGACAGAGAAAGAGUAAAAUUCAGAGAGGAGCAGUUAGAACAAAAACUGGAGGAGAGAAAAGAAAAGGAGGGUUUAAAGGCACUUGAAGAAAAGGAAAAGGAAGAACGGUUGGAAGCAUUAAGAGCUCAGGUUCGAAUUAUUGCAGAAAGUGACCCAUCAAGGACAAUGCAAGAAACAAAGGCAUGGAUGGCUCAUCACUCAAUAGAUGAGGAUGAAGAGUUGCCACUGUACAAACCACUGUUUGAUAUGCAUUCGUUCACAUCCAAACAGAUAACCUCUGAUCAUCGAGUGAGACUGGAGCAAAAAUUGAGAGAAGCAGGACUUCACAACACCGACUAUGCCCGACAAAUCAUUCGUGGAGCAACCCCUCCCAGGGUUCCCCGCAAAGAUCAACAGCACACUUUCAAAUUUACGGAUGACUGAAUUUCUUUUUGCAUAGUUAUUCUAUAUUAUGUUGCUUAGAAUAAAAUCUCUGUUCAACAACAGC